CUUAUUGUGACAUGCGCACUCCCUCCCACUUUACAUGCUAAGCGAGGCGACUUGGCCAGUGAAACAAGAUCGUUAAAUUCUACUGUUUAAUUAUUAUGAACAGUUUCAUCACAUUUGUAUAAUUGAUUUUUGUUCCCGGGCUUUGUAGGAAGUCAGUUGACAAAAUGAACAUACGAAACGCGAGGCCGGAGGACCUUAUGAACAUGCAGCAUUGUAAUCUGCUGUGUCUUCCAGAAAACUAUCAGAUGAAGUACUACUUCUACCACGGGCUGUCGUGGCCUCAGCUCUCGUACAUUGCAGAAGACGAGAACGGAAAAAUCGUGGGCUAUGUGCUGGCAAAGAUGGAGGAGGACCCAGAUGAUGUGCCUCAUGGACAUAUCACUUCACUGGCAGUGAAGCGCUCCCACAGACGUCUUGGUCUGGCUCAGAAGCUGAUGGACCAGGCGAGCCGGGCUAUGAUAGAAAACUUCAAUGCUAAAUAUGUUUCUCUUCAUGUUCGUAAAAGCAGCAACCGGGCAGCUCUGCAUCUGUACUCCAACACACUCAAGUUCCAGAUAAGUGAAGUGGAGCCUAAAUACUAUGCAGAUGGAGAAGAUGCCUAUGCAAUGAAGAGAGAUCUGGCCCACAUGGCCGAUGAGCUGAGGAAACCUGGAGUACGUACGUCGGGGCAAGAGGGACCCUCUGGCGAGAGUCCAUCUGGCUCUGGCGACCACGAAAGGGAAGGCGAGAGGGACAGCGGAGGAGAGAGCAAAGAGCUGAGUGAAGUCAGCGAGGCAACAGAAAGCACAGAUGUUAAAGAUUCUUCUUCUGAUUCACAAUGACACCACAUAUGUAGAUAUUUUUAAAAACAUCCCUGACUUCCUCUUUUUAACUCUGUGCCACUAUUUAUGGCUUCAUGGACCAGUUGUCUGUGCACCAAAGCCUCAGCAACACAUACAUCUCCUGUUUUAUUGAUUCCUAUUUUUCCCUCCUCUGAUGAACAGAAGACUUGGAAAUGACUCUGUGCUGUCUUAAUUAAACAAAAUCAACCUCUG